UCGCCCAAAAGCAAGGGCUCCCCUCCCCCAACAACACAACUGUUAACGUAAUAACGUGCCUGCCCCUAUACCUCACCCCACUACUAUUAUUAUUGUACAAAACAACCAAGUCCCUGAAUGCUUAGAGAGAGAAAGAGUGAUCAUAAAGUGAAAGAAAAAGAAGGAGAGUGAAACUUCAUGGAAGUUGGCCCCAAGAAGGAGAAGAACAUGGUCUUUGAGGAAACUGAGCUCCGGCUAGGACUCCCUGGAAAUGGAGCCUCAGCAACAACUGAACCAGAAGGAGUGAGGAAGAGAGGUUUCUCUGAAACUGAGACCCAAAAAACCACCGUUGAUUUGAUGCUUAACCUCUCUCCAAAGGAAUCUGCUACUGCUGAUGGAGCAGAUCCACGUGAGACUUCGCCUAAGGAGAAGACCCUUUUGCUUCCCGAUCCCGCCAAGCCUCCUGCUAAGGCGCAAGUGGUGGGAUGGCCACCAGUGAGGUCUUUCAGGAAGAACAUGUUUGCAGCCCAAAAGAGCAGUGGAGAGGAAAACGAGAAGAACAGCCCUAAUGCAAGCUUUGUGAAAGUUAGCAUGGAUGGAGCACCAUACCUCCGCAAAGUGGACUUGAAGAUGUACAAGAGUUACCCUGAGCUCUCUGAUGCCUUAGGCAAAAUGUUUAGCUCCUUCACCAUCGGAAAUUGUGAAUCCCAAGGCUUCAAGGAUUUCAUGAAUGAGAGCAAGUUGAUGGAUCUUUUGAACAGCUCCGACUAUGUCCCGACCUAUGAAGACAGGGAUGGCGACUGGAUGCUUGUCGGUGAUGUCCCAUGGGAGAUGUUUGUUGAAUCAUGAAAGAGAUCAAGUAUCAUGAAAGGAAAGGAAGCUAUUGGACUGGCACCAAGAGCCGUGGAGAAAUGCAAGAACAGGAGCUAGACUAGAAAUUACGAGUCCAUAACCUGCUCCAUCGUCAGUGAUGCCCAGUUGACUUAGUAACUGAAGCAAGGUUAAGCUGUAGCAGACACAGAUGGACAGAGCAGGGUGUUCAAAAUAUAGUUAUUAAUCUGUGUAUCAUUAUGGUUUGUUAUAUAAUAUAUUUCAAACAAAUUAAGCUGUGAGAUGUCUAAGCAUAAACUAUGAACAGAAACGAUCGAUAAUGACUCUAAAUUAUGUUGCAAGACUUUCUUAAUUAUUUCUUUACUUGUUGUGUACUUGCAUAAUAAUAAGUUUAAUAAUUUGCUUGUCU